AUGCAGGUGAAUCCACCGUUUGCCAUCUGGGACCUGCACGUCAUCCCAACUGGCAGUCAAGCACGCGAGAGGAAGAUAGACUUCAUUGCGAAGAAACUUGAGGAGUUCGGCCAGGCUUUGGGUAGUCUAGAUGGCCGCCCACCCUCGCAAACCUCUUCCACCCUUCCAUAUCGUUCCUCAUCAGCGACACCAGCAUCUCUCAAUGUCACACCAGACAACUUAGCUGCGCCGUCUCCAUCGGCUCGCGAAGCUAGCAAGAUCUUGACUCCAAAGUUGGAAUUCGAGGGCGAGUCUAGUCUAUCGGCUCAGGCAGCUUUUGCAGACAAAUUGAUCCGCGAUGCUGUCAACAACAAGCCUUCGGUGGACAUCACGGGCGAGAUGGCUUCGGUCCUGGACACCCUGAGCCGUACAAUCGGAAACCAGAAAAGGGAGCAAGAACCUGAGUACCUGUAUCCACACGCCAGGACACUCGAACCAGGCACCAGCCUUCAUGACCUCCCUAUGCCUCCGGUAGAAUUGGCCUUCGCCUGUCUCAGGAUGGCCAAAGAGCAUCCUCGGGUCAGGUUCUUCUGGAAUCACGAGGCGAAUUCCGUUUCCGCCUUCACAGACUACUUCCUCCGAGUGUAUUCCCCUGGUGAAGUCACCUUUGCCGAUCUCAUCAUUGUGAACGCAGGGCUAUACUGGUUGUUUUUGGAAUGCAAAAAUGUCAUCCCAGAACCGGACAAGAAGUCGCAAUACGAAGCUCAAGCCACGAUCUGUCGAGCCAACCUCGAGACGGUGCUGUCAAGCCUUCCAUUCCAUCUUCCUUCAACUAUGGACACUACAUGCGCCAUGAUGCUAGCCGCAAUGUACUGUCUCGACGUCUGCAAACCUUCCGCCGCAUGGAACUUCAUCGCCACUGCUUCGCACAUGAGCCAAACGCUGGGCAUGCACAGCGUCGUGGCAAUGGCAAACGAUGAUCCGGAGAAAAGGAGAGGAAAGAUGAAGCUAUUCUGGAUCCUGUACAUGCAGGAGAAGGGACUGUCUCUACGCCUUGGCCGAUCAUCUACCAUCCGAGACAGCGAUAUCACCAUUCCACCUCUGGCUAUGGAUCCCAGAUCAGACGUUGCAAUCUUUGGACAGCUGCAAAAGUGGACGGAGCUUGCGAGGCUUCAGGGCAUGGUGUACGAUCAGAUAUACAGUCCUGCCGCCCUGAUACAAUCGCAAGCUGUCAGAGUUGCCAGGGCGAGACGUCUCGCGGCGGAGUUGGAGUCGCAUACAACCAAAAGGUCCGCUGAAGAUUUGCGGUACUCGCAAGUGAUGAAGGAGGCCGUCGGAGACGUCUUCUACGAAGCUUUCGUCUGCACAACUCAAGUCACACAUCUGUCCCUGUUCUGCCUCAUCUACCGAGCCAUACCAGCCGAGCCCGGAGAGGGUACCGUUUUUGGAAAAGAAUGCAUCGCCAGCGCCCGGCAAGCUCUCGAGCAGCACCAGAAUUGCAUGAGAGUCAUUGCAAGGCUAGACGAAGACUUUCUCGAAACCUAUGUAAACUGGGCGCUUUUGCAAUCCCCGUUUGUCCCGUUCACGGUCCUCUUCUGCCACAUCAUCGAGACAUGCAACGAAGCCGACCUCAAGCGUCUCGGCGGGCUCAUCAAAUCCUUACAGUCCAUACUGACCGACUCGUUCUCCACGGGCAUCAAGAAGGAGGUCCGCCUGUUCAAGGUUCUCUACGACGUCGCGUGCAGCUACAUCAAGUUGAAGACGAAUGAGACGGCCCAGCCGAGAGACCUCGGCGCGGAUGUCUGGAGAGGUGCCGCUUCCUCGUUGAUGAUGCCGCCGGCCCUGCCCUCUCAGUCGACGGUUCUGCCUGGCCACGCCACAGACGCGACGAGCUCUGAGGGUGUUACGCAGACACCAUUUUCACAGUUUGGAGACUCCGAGACCGUGGUCGGUACUGCGUUCAAUGAGCAUCUGUCCGGGCCGGGCUGGAUGUCUGGCGGAUCUUUCGCGAUGCCUGGAGACUUCGGCAUGGAGGUUGAUCAGCAGGGGACGCAGCUGGGGAACUGGUUGUACAUGAACAAUCAGAUGAUUCGAGCCUUGGAAGAUAGUUACUUCUAG